AUGACGGAUUGCCCCGGCUUAACAGCACGAUAUCAAGGCCUGGUUCUAGGCGAAGUUAAGGCGCCAGAUACACUUGGAGAGAAACGAGGAUCAGGGUCAAACUCCCCCACGGGAAGCCAUGACGCUGGCCAAGGGCUAUCUCUCUCUCCUCCAGAAGCAGACCCUCCUCCGAGAGGGACAAUUGCGCACUUCAAUGGUAGCCCAAGCCAGCGUUCAAACGUGAAAAGGAAACAGCAACCUAAGAAAGAGGGAUUCUAUCCCAUUUUCAAGAACAAAAACACCAAGGCUACUGAUCCCAAGCGGAGUGCUGGCGAGUCACGGCCAAGCAUCGGUAUUGAACCCGAUGACGACCUCCCAAAGGAAAUUCGGGAAAAGAAGAAAGUCAGGGACUCUCUUAGAGAGCAAUUGGAGAGGUUAAAGGAAGAAGUUGAGUUCUUAGAAAAGGAAGCUGGCCAGUUAGAGACUACCGAGCACGAAUCCGUGGACGAAAGCUCUCUUAGACGACUAAUUGGGCUUCUCCUGUCUAAAAAUCCGUCUUGUGCACCUCCGCCCCCUAAACCGCCGGCACCUCCACCGUUGUCUUCAAUGCUUUCGUAUCUGCUCCCUUUCACAGUCCAGCAGUCAAUACCGCUGUCGGAACCUGAACCACCACCCUCGCCGCUGCCUGAGAACCCCUAUGCCAUGAAGCCGCUGGAAAAUUCAAUCCCGUAUCUUACUGUUUUCGCGCCUCUUACCCUCAAAACGGAAACAGUAACUUCUACUGUGAGAAAUCCAUCACGGGCUCUGGGAGUACCCUCAGAUAUAGUGCAGACAUACCACUUCACCCUUCAACCACCAGGCUCUUUUCCAGCAUCGCUUUACCAGAUUCCUCUCACCCUUAAAACUGACCCUGAAAGACAAUCCGUGCUCUCUAUCUCCAUUUCCGAGACCGAUUCUAAGCUCCCUGGGCCAUUAGAAGGCUGGAUCGCAUCUCGGCUGUCAAACUCCUUAUUAGAUCACGAUGUAUCCGGUUUAUGUUGGGGUAUAUGUCGGUACUGGGAGGCUGCAAUAUCACGAUCGAAAUUCUGGGUGAAACUGCAGGCACUAUCCGAGAAGCUCGAAGAAAACCCUCGAUAUCUUGAACAAGCGAAGAAAGCUUAUAGGAAACAAGGAGAAGCAGAUACAUCUCGAAGCGCCACGCCUGAUAUGGAUGGGCACCAGUAUGCUACCAAAGACUUGGUACAGCAUUUCGAAAGGACAAGUUAUCGUUUUUCCACUUCAACAGGACCUAAUAAGCUGGAGUUGCUUGUAUCCUGUCCUUUGACCCUUGAUUUAUGGACUAGCGAGCCUCAAUUGGAACCAAGUAUUUGCAUAUCUGGCUCCUCGUUGAAGGGUACUGCAGCCAGCAAAAUAGAAAAGGAGGCGAAGCGUGUAUUCCAAGCGAUGAUUAAACGUGGGAACGAUGGCGAUGUUGAUGUUGAUAUAGGGUCGCUGGUCAAGGCUGUUGAAGCUGUAAUUGUUAUUCUAUUUGGGCUUGUUUGA